CUCGUCGUGGUCCUGCGCAUGCCCGUGGGCAUCCCGUCGAUAUCGGGGUCUCGGUCUCGCCGGAGGACUACACGUCGCUGUGGAGCUCGACCGUGUUCAGCUGGGUGUACCCCAAGAUCGGACGUGCUCGUACUCGACUUUGGAAUUCAAAGACGCGUGGGUGCUCAGCGCGACCAAUGCAUCGCGGGCGGUGUUCUGGAAGUUCCAGCACGUGUUUCUUUCUGUUCACGCGCGUUGCCUUUGCCCUGACUCCCAUUUGGACGGUACCACGUCCCUGUUGAUGGAAAUCGCGCGCGCCAACGCGCUCAAUCUCACGAUCGAGUAUGCUCCUGUUGAUGAAAAUUGCUUGCAAACGCGCUCGAUCUCACAAUAGAGUUUCUUGGGACGCCGGUUUGCAUUCCGUUGUACCUUCCAAACCCGUACUUCCUCAAACGUCUGCUCGACCUACUAGACCAACCGCACCUGGCUCGGGUCGACCGGCCGUUCGCGUAUUCCUACGCGGGGGCCAUCUUUGGCGUGUGACUGGUGAAUGCGGAGCUGUCUGUCCAGUAUCUCUGUCAAUCGCCUAGCUGCUCUUCCCAUUUAUGAACCUUGCUGCAGGGUACCAACGUCGGGCGCUGCUCCGAGUGCGCUCCGAGUGCGCUCCGAGCUGAUGGCGGCGAUCUAUGACAAGACGCUGCGGUGGAGGGACAGCAGGUUGCAGCUCUGUUA